AAUCUGCUACAACAAAUUUAUGUUGUCGUCGGUGUUUCACCGUUGUCUCGUGUCUAUUUUGAUUUUUCACACUUCACUGUCUUCAAAGAUAGUCAGAUACACUUUCUGCUGUUGAGCAGAUAAACAAAAUUUGAUCGGGGAAUCCACUGACGUCAGCUUAUUCAUCUCUUGAUUAAAUCCCAACGUCAGUCAUUAAAACACAACGUCAUUAAGUCCGUGUGAGUUUGGGUGUAUUCACGUGGACGCUCUUUUUCAUCUCCCGCCUGCAUUCAACUUUUCUGCGCAUGUAACACUUUGGUCAAGCUUCAAGAAUUUCUAAAAAAUGGGUAAUGGAUCUGACGACCUUGAAGUGGAUGAUCUACGUGCGCAGGUCAAGCCGCUUUCCAUCUCAUCUCAAGUUUCGUCCAUUACGGACCUAUCGAACACCCCAUCGAAAACGAAGGCCGUUAGCAGACCCAUUCACGGCAGCUUAUUCCAACUGAAAUUGUCUAGUCUCUUUUUGCUUCGGGGAGUGACUGCCAAAUACCAGUUUCACUUGGGCACGGAAGUCACCGAUCAGGGCGGGAAAUUUGACGACCUAUUAUUCAAGUAUCAAGUGUCAACAGGUGGCGGCCACCGUCAGUGGCGUUAUCGAUUUUUGCAAGCCAAGCACAAGCUUAACGAGACCAAGAAUCAGAUAACGUCGGAAGCGCUUCUGGACGACGAUCACGGAGAUUUCAGCGUUUCCAAGUAUUACCGUUCCUAUUGCCGUGAAAUUCUUAAUGGAAGUGAAGGCCGUCGCCCGGAAGAAAUCGAUGACGUUAUCAUUUGCACUAACAUUAAUUUCAACGAAGCUAAUCUCAACGCCUAUGGAAUUGAGUUGGUGCCUCACAACGAUCCUUCCGAUAAGAUAUUGUCAUUUGAAAAGUUGCCGGGAGGAAAAGUGCCAGUUCGUUACAAAUUGAAAAAUACGGAAGUGUUGCGCAAGAAAUUAACAGAAUGGUCGAAAAAGUCCAAGUUAUAUUCGCUGGCCAAAAAGUUAAUUGAAUGUGAAACCAAAAACAUGUGCUUGUCUGUGACUCAUGAGCUCAUCAAAAAUUGCCAUUUGGCUUUGGUAAAGGAAAAAGUCAUCGACUUGACAACUAAAAGGCUUCACUCGGAUUUCAUUUAUGGAAAAAAUUUGUCGAGCGAUGCCAACGAAUUACGAAGAAUUCUCCGUGAUUUUUCCAUGCGAAAAUUAAUCUGUAAGGAAGAUUGGAAAAGCUGCACUUUCAAGCUCGACGACGAGUUCGGACUUGGCGAGGAAGUUCAGUGUUUAUCUGGUCCUAAGGAAGAAAUCGACAGUUUCUUGGACAAGUUCGUCUUUGCUGUUAACACUCCAAACGAGGAAGAAUUAGACGCCAUUAUGAAAAACGAGCUGGGGAAGUAUUACAACCUACUCGUGAGCGACGUGCAAUUCAAUCACUUUUCAAACACGAUGCUCGACUGGUUCAAGAACAGAGAUUCCCAGUGGAUGACAUCAGACGAAGGGAUUCGUAUUUUCGAGGAUAUUAAAGAAAAGGUCGAUGAGAUCCGCUGUUCCGUUUUAAUUAAUUAUGUAACUCAAAUCAAUCAAAUCGCAGAAAUCAGCGACGCUGCUACUCAGGAAAUCGCCGAACGUUUGAAACCUUUUCUGAAUUCGUCCAAUAAAUUAAAAAUCAACUACUUCACGACCAACUGGCCAGAUUUCACGGCUCUCAAAGUCAUCGCAGCCAUCAAGACCCUUCCAAGAGUUUCAAGUGCACUGACAGCUACAUGGUUAUUUCAUCCAAACACGCACAGAAGAAGGAAGACCUUCAAGAUCUGAGAAGAAUGUUCAGCAAAGAAAAAUCUUAUCAUCUUCUUGUAAUCGUCUGCGAAGACCACAACCCCAUCAGCUACGACAAGUACGCGAAUCUCGUGGCCGAUAGUGAAGAAAAGAAAAUCCUCUUAAUCGUACCAAAAGGCACCAAUGUCCGUUCACAACUCCUUAUUAACGAAGACGUCAUCAGCUACGGGAAACUAAGUGAAAGUUCCAAAAACGCUCUUCUGUCGAAAAAGAUUUCCUUCCAAGGAAAAGACAUGCCCGUCAGAGACCUGAUCCAGCCGGACAAAGCUGAAAAUGUGUUUGAUUGGUCAUCAAUCAAAAUGUUGGUGGCACAGAAUAAAAUAAUUGUUCCGUCGUUCAACAUGACCCGUUUUGAGCGGUCUCUCUACAUCAAGAGGCGGAUGGCGUUACCGUUUGAAUUCGACAGCAAAUUUUGGGAGAAUUUGGCCGAAGACAUGAAAUGUUCGAAGAACCUCCUCAUGUCCCAAUGCAAAGUCAAUUCCAAAGGUGCCAUCGUUUGGUCUGCCAGUGUAGAACGAAUAGCUGAGAUAUGGGAGAAGAUUAGAAUUAAAUUAAGGGAUAGCAGCAUCUUGAAUCGUUCAGUCAACGCAAACAUUCCAGAGGACGACCUAAUUUUUGACAAGAAGUGGAAAAAUAGUGCCGUCAUCAUAUCUGGUGGUGCCGGAACCGGAAAAUCGACGAUAUUAUCACACUUUUGCGAAGAAAUCAAGAAAGCAAAGCCGACUCGCUGGAUCAGUAGAAUUAAUUUGGUAGAUCACUGCGAAGUUCUAUCGAAAUUUGAACCCAAAAUGAAAGAAAAUAACUCAACCGAAGAAGAUACUGCUGCCAUCGACUUUUUCGUCAACAAACUCAUCAUCUCCGGCGAUAAAAAUUCAUUUGCCUCUUCCUUACUGACGCACCAGCUGAAGAUGGGCGACAACAGGGUAGUCGUCAUGCUUGACGGUUUCGACGAAAUCAGCAGUCAACUUCAAGAGAAAGCGAUUCAUCUGAUGAAAGCCAUCACCUUCAAUAAAUCGGCUCAACUCUAUGUCACAACUCGGCCUCACAUGAUCGACCAGCUGCAGUUCCAGUUAUCUCAACUGGCUUACAGUCUGGAGAACUUCACCGAAAAGGACCAGAUUGAUUACCUGUCCGAGUAUUGGGAAAGGGAAACUAACCUGAAGGAGCUGGAAGACAAGUCUGUCAUCAUCCGCAAGUUUUCCGAAUAUUUCAUCCAACGUGUGUCUCAUACUCUUAAAGACAAGGAAAAAAUCCUUCGUCGGAAUCCCUUUGCAGUGUCGCUUAAUGGCCGAGUGCUUCCAGUCAGACCUCUUGGAUAUAAUAAAAGAAAAUAGAAACGAAAGUGAAAUUCAGAAACUGCUUGACGGACAGAAAUUCGAUCUGGCCACCAUGUACAAACGAUUAAUGGAAACUAAACGCCGAGUGUUUCUCCAAGAAAAGAUCACUGUGUCAGCUCCCAACCAAAUAAUGGCCUACGCUAUUGACGGUUUCAUGAAGAAGAUCGAAUUCCACCUGACCAAAUUGGCCAUCGAAACGAUAUUUACCGUUCAGGGGAUUGUAGUCCUCUCGUGUCCACCAGUAUCGCAGCACCAGUCAAAAUUCGAAAAGGCCGCCGAGGAAAAAGCCAUUGCUGAAUGCGGACUCAAAUUUGGCUUGACGUUUCAUAACGGAAAAAAAGUUCAAUUCCUGCAUCGAACCUUGGCCGAGUAUUUAGUGGCGAAAUUCUUUUUCCAAGGAUUCAUUUUAGAUGAAGAAAAACACAAUGAGCUUUUGGAUAAGGCCCUCGUUCGUGAGGUGAUUUUCAGUGUCGUUAUGACGAAAAAUAAAGGCAAAAACGAUGGCGUGCAAAUGUUUUUCGAUUCGUUUUUAGCGGAGCUAGUCGAUGAAGAUGAAGAAUGGCGCACCAUCAUUGACAAACGCCUCAAGAACAGAUUCCCCGAGCGCUUCAAAACUUUUAUGAGUGGCAUCAUCAACAAACGGCAAGCAGUUUACGCUGUGGAUCCCAACAUUUUGGAAGUGCCCGUCUAUCAGAGGAAUACGAGCAUCUUUAAAUUCAUUUGCGACUGCCUCGACCUGAUGAUCGAGCCGGUUAAACUUCGAAAUAGUAUGUCCUCUUUGUUUUGUGUCAGUAGCAAAUUCUUUUACGAGCAAAGUAGCGAAGCUUACAAGCGAUUCCUUAGCUAUUUUAGUAAUCCAAGCGAGUGCGAGAUGGGUAUUCGCGAGAUGAACACCAUUCUUGAUCACAUUUUGUACAACCCCAUGCAAAUCUACCUGGAUGAUUUGUUUUGGAAUGAAGGAGAAAAGAAGAAGAUCCUGAAACUUGUUCUCGACUUCAUGGGAAAGAACCUGGCGACUUUGAAGCGAAUUUAAAAAAAAACCAAGCUCGGAUGCAGAAAAGCAAAUGAAAUUUGCGCUUCACUUCUUUAUGUGCAACGAUUAUUACGACAAUGAACUGAAGCAGUAUCUUGAACUCUUGUCAUCCACUUACUCCAGCGAUGCCUCGUUCCUCAACCUCUUCAAGGCUGCAUUCAACAUAACCGAGUCGCAUUUCGAAAAGUUUCAUCUGAAUGGCAAAAUGGAGAAGACGGUGAUCAUCCUACGAAAUCUUGGACGGAACAAAGUGCUGGAGGCACUUUCUUAUGUAGUGCUCCUACGGGAUCCGGAUGUGUUUCGACGUUAUUUCGAGCCAUCUCUAUCUCUAGACAAAGAGGACGUUGUGUCGACUAAUUUGCAUCAGCUAUUAGUCCGUGACCAGUACCGAAUGACCCGGCUCGACCGAGCUGCCUUCCGCGGUGACACGGAGGCUGUCGACCGCAUACUGAAAACGCUUAGCCACAGUUUGUCAUCUGCUGAAACCAAUGAAAAAGCGAUGAAGACAGCAAAGAAAGUGCUCAAUGACUUGGUUUUUCGCGAUAGUGAAGAUUUUACUUCAUUUUUCGUGGCCGCCGCCUUCGGUCACGAAGAAAUCUGUCGCAAACUGCUCGUCUUCUUCAAAGAACUUGUGAACUUGAAGGUAUUGCCCUUGAAGAAGUUGCAAGAUUUCUACGUCGGCCCAAAUGGAAUGAUCUACAACGCCGCUCAGUUUGCCAUUCGUUUCCUAAAAUUGCCAAUGUUCCGAGUGAUUUUGGCGUCUGUCAAACAAAUUAUGGGGCAGCGCCCUCUCAUUUUCUUAAUGAAGCGCUUCAUUUGGAACAACAAGGAAUUGUUCGAAACGUUAGCCGAAAUCGUUGUUGAUGGCACGGAGGGAACUACCGGAUACCAGCAGUUGAACGAGAUAAUUUUCCAAGACUCUACUACUCUGGAGACACUUCGCAUCGUGGAUGAGACAACUUUUAACAAAAUGGUGUCGGUGAACGGAGUCGAAAAAUGGACGAAGCAUCUUCUUGAUAUCGACCUGCCCAAGGGCCUCUAUUUGCUCUCACGUCACCACCUGAGUCACUUUGAUCGAACCCAAAUGUGCAGUUUUAUCAAGACCUUCACUUCCGACAGCAAUGGUCUAGAUAAUAGUUACUGGGAUCGCUUGCUGUACUUGGAUAUGAGUGCAGAAGAUUUCCCGUGUGACAAUGACUUCCACCACGAUUUCGAUCACUUUUUGAAAUGUGCCUGGGAUAAACUGGUUAAAGGAAAAGAAAGACUAGUACUGUGUCAUAAUGAUGGAGGUGAAAUUUUUUUGCCGUCCAUCAAUAUGUCUUUAUUGAUGUAUGGCAAUGUAAGUCUCGUCUACAGGCUGUUUGAUUUUGUAAGAGAAAGCCAAGAUGAGGAAGUUAUCCGACGAAUGAUGGAAUGUAUGCCCUGCCAGUUACACCUCAUCAUGGAUCCCUUAAGAGAAUAUCGGUUGCGUGACACUGUCAUCCAGACCCGGAUUAAAGUUUUGGAGUUCGCCCUGGAUCACGCCGGUCAUCUUUCCAAUACUCGUACAUUCUCGGCUUUGGUCGACGCUCUUUUGUUCCCGCACGAGGACUACGACGGGAGAACGCGCAGUAUCUGGUGCUAUGUGUUCAACUUCGACUUUUUCUACGCCGAAAAAAGCUGUGGUCCACAGAGUGGGCCAAUUUUUGACAUGGGUGUCGACGAAACUAAACAAAGGUAUAGUGAAAGAGCUGGUGACACACAGGUACGAUGGUGAUACCGACUGUACAAAUGUCAUGUUUAACUCAGCUUUAAAGGACCGCCGGAACCUGGUCGAAGUCAUGCUGUCACAUCUAGAAGAGUCGGACCGUCGGGAAGUCCGUCGCACUCAAGUUGAUAUCCCGCAAGAAUAUAAUAGAAGAACCGGCUACAAAAAACUUUUCUGAUCUCCAAUCGAAAGCAUCCAGUCCACUGUCAUUCACCUGUUUCCAAGUGCCCGGAAGAGCCUGCGACUAUGCCGGAUACUGUCGAAUAUCAGUCUAGUGGUGUAAGUACAGCCGGAUUGUCGCUCAACAGCCCAGAGGGCCGUUCCGUGGCUUCACUUGAGCAGAGGUCUGAACAGUAAUCAGGUCCAAUUUCCCUUAUUUCUUUAUUGAUUGAAUUACAUUUUGUUUAUCCAAGAUGCCAAAAUCAAGCUGUUCUUCGCUCUGUUUGCUUGCCAAAUUCAUGUAUGUCCAGUAAUUACUGUAUGUUUGAAUACAAUUUCGGCUGCUCAAUUUCUCAGUAGCGCUGCUCAUUAA